AUGGAUCCUACAUCCAUAAUAAAGAACCAUGUCGAGAAACCGGAAAAAUUCAAAGGGACGGAUUUUAGACACUGGCAACAGAACAUGUUGUUUUAUUUAACAACUCUUCACGUCUCCAACGUGUUAACGGAUGACGAGCCCUGUAAUCCACCCGUGAGUCUUGGACAAAAUGUUCCUACCGCUACUCAAAUGAAACAAUUUGAGAAAGCAGUGGAAACUUGGAAGAGCAACGAAUAUAAUUGUAUAAAUUAUAUUCUAAAUGCUCUUGAUGAUUCCAUAUAUGAUAUCUACUCAACUUUCAAAAUCGCAAGAGAGAUAUGGGAAUCAUUACAGCAUAAGUAUAAAAACAAAGUUGCUUGUUCCAAACGAUUUGUGGUAGAAAAAUUCCUACACUACAAAAUGAUUGACACUAAAUCAAUCGUCAAACAAGUUGAGGAACUCCAAGUCAUCACUCACGAGUUGGAAGUGGAAGGUAUGGGCAUCAACUCUAACUUUUUGGUAGGGUCUAUAAUUGAGAAGUUACCUUCGUCAUGGAAGAACUUCAAAUUGUACCUGAAACAUUUAACUGAUGAUAUGAGCUUUGAACAACUUGUCCUCAAACUCCGAGUUGAGGAGGAUAACAGGUUGUCUGAAAAAGCCGAUGCUAGUUCCUUGAGCCAAAUGCAAAUAAGAUGGCUUCAUAGGGCAAAAGAUUGUAGACACAAGAGAGAUCAUGGUGGUGGUGGAAAUGGUGGUGGAGGUGCUGGACCGUCUCACCAAGCCAACAUGGCUGAUUCUGAAACUCAAUUCAUCGGCGUGGUGGAAGAAAAUUUGGUGACUAACACUACGGAUUGGUCGCUUGAUACCGGAGCCACUAGACACAUAUGCAAUAUCAGAGGCUCAUUUGCUACAUACCAAAAGGUUAGUAAUGAAGAACCGAUGUCUCUGGGGAAUGCGACGACGGCAACGGUAGAAGGCAAAGAAAAGCGAUUCUGA